CUCAGCACUAUUUUUUAUUUAUCAAAAUACUAAUAUUUUCUUAUAUUUACAAGAACAGCCUUUUGGGAUUGAUUUAUAAAUUCAAUUCGUUGUUUCACUGCAAAAUGUGAACUCAAUACAAAACCUAAUGGUCCGGUGCUUACCGACUACGGCCAGCGGAGCUGCCGCCGGCGAGAUCACUUCAGUCUACGCCACUCGUCUCGGCACCAUCACUCUGAGAUGGAGCCGAGCUUCUCUCGGCAUCUAUCUCCGAGCUGACCUCCGCCUUACGCCUUCGACGUCGCCGUCGCCGUCGCCUGACAAUGAUAACGCGGUCGCCGACCAUCUCCGUCUUCGGCUCCGUCCAUAUCUUACGUGGAAGCGAAAGGGUUCGAAGCUGCACCAAUUUACAUCCGGUACUGGCCGCCGCCGUGCAGUCGAGCUGGCUUGGGACCUUUCCCUUGCUACCUUCUCCCGCGGCAGAGGACCUGAGCCCACCGGCGGGUUCUUCGUCUCCUUUGCUGUGGACGGCGAGAUUGCACUCAUUGUUGGAGAUCAGGGAGAGGAAGGGAUUUGUGAGAAGGGAUCGGAGCUUAUCUCGCGGAGGGAACGGGUAAGAUUUGGGGGACUCGGAGGUGAGAUGUCGUAUGCGACGAAGGGGAUGUUUGAAGGGAAGGAGAUGGCGAUCUCAAUUUCGAUCGAUCUUGAGGGGGAAGACAUGAGGCUGGGGAUUGACGGUGAGAUUGUUUUGGAGGUGACAAGACUUUGUUGGAAGUUUAGGGGGAGCGAAGCGGUGGCAUUGAAGAGCGGUGGGAGGAUUCAGGUGUCUUGGGACCUUCACGAUUGGCUUUUCCAACAGGAGGCCGGUUGGGAGAGGUCGCCGGCGGCGGUUGGAGAGGCAGGGGAGGCUGUGUUCGUCUUGCGUUUCGAGAGGGGAGCGGGAGGGGAGGAGCAGAUUGGUAAAGGGGGCCGACGCGCAUUCUGGGAAGGACGAUGGUGUUUUUGGAAGAGGGAUUGGAGCGAUAGUAGCAGCGGGUCGUCGUCGGGCUCCUCGGUCGAAGAAUUGGGCAGUUGCGAGGCGGAGCUGCUGAGCUCCGGCGAAGGGGGUUUCACUCUUCUUGUCUAUGGAAGGAAGGGAUAAUUGUUGAGACAAUGCUUCUCCAUCAUUUACUACACUGCUGAUGGCAUCUCCAACAGAAAAGCUUAUUUUUCACUCCAGAAUGAGACAUAUCAAACAGUACACAAGAAAGAAAUAUUAUCUGUAUAUUUUUUCUCUAACUUUUUUUUUUCCCUCAAAAAUGCGUUUCAAAACGCGGAAAUGCCUUUCCCGGAUG